AUGACUGUCGUCGCAAAGGCAAUGUCAAACGGCUAUCCGAUGGGCGCUGUUGUUGGUUCACGAGAGGUGAUGGAACCAGCCGGUCGCAUGUUCAUCUCUAGUUCCUACUGGAGUGAUAAUAUUGGGACAGUUGCUGCACUGACGACUAUUCGUGAACUGAGACGUCGGAACUCUGAGGUUCGCUUUAAGGAGCUUGGUGAGAAUUUGCGUUCUGUCCUCAACGAAGUUAUUGCCGCUAGUGGGCUAUCGGGUGCUUGUACCGGUCUUCACACAGCCCUUGGUGUUUCCCUUGACUUGCCAGACGAAACGUUGGCUCCCGCAGUCAAAACGCUAUUCGUCCAAGAAAUGGCAAAGCGUGGUAUUCAUUGUUAUAUGGGAUUUAAGGGAACCCUUGCCCACACCGAAGAAGAUAUCCGUUUGACUGCUGAUGCGGUGGCGGGGGCAUUGGGCGUGAUUAAAUCCGGUAUAGACGCAGGAGAUGUGGAUAGUUUGCUGGAAUCUGAUUUGAAGAAGGAUCCGUUCCGCCGCUUGGUCCGGUAG